AUGAGCCAACCCGGCAGCAGCCCUAAUGAAAAAGGGGUCAAGCAAAAUGGAGACACGGGAGGUCAUCUUUCUGUGUUUACCGAUGCUCGCAGCGCAGCGGUGAGUCCUGAGACGAGGCUACUGUCCGCCCUCACGAAAGACAAGAGGAGAGUCCACCUGGCAGGGAGAGAGUAUUACAGCGAGGAAGGGAAGACCUUUGGACUGCGUCUUGUUCGAAAAAUAAAGCAACAGCUAAGCACUGAUCCCACUGUCCGUCCAGAGUAUCCAUCUCCUUUUGGUCUGAAAGACUACACCAGGCGAGCCACAGAGAUUACUCUGGGGAAGAGCUCUCGAGCUAUAGUGGAGGACCGGGUGUUAGGUGUCCAAACUCCUGGUUUUACCGCUGCUGUGCGUCUUGGUGCUGAACUCUUGAGACACUGGUCUGAUGUCAGUGCUGCUUGGUGCGGGCCGGUCUACCUCUCUUCUCCUUGCGAUGACUCACUGGCAGGUAUCUUCCAGGCAGCAGGGAUCCAAGAUAUCCGUGAGUAUUAUUACUGGGAUGACACGCAGCGAUGCAUUUGUUUGGAGAAACUUCUAGAGGAUUUGGAGAAGGCUCCAGAGCAAAGCGUUGUUGUUCUGUCAGCUUCUGCCCAUUAUCCAACCGGAGCAGACCUCUCUCAGAACCAAUGGGCUGUGAUUACAAAACUCCUCAUGAAGCGCCGGCUCAUCCCUUUCCUGUUGCUGCAUGCUCAAGCGCUCUGCUUUGGAGAUUUAGAGCGAGAUGCCUGGCCCGUGCAGUACUGUGCAUCGCAGGGGAUGGAGCUCCUUUGUGCUCAGUCGUUCUCCCACUGCUUUGGACUGUAUGGUGAGGCUGUCGGACACCUCCUGUGCGUCUUAAAGCAGACCUCCCUCCUGUUAUCUGUGCGGUCUCACACUGACAAAAUAGUCAGGUCGCUGUGGGCUCAGCCAUCUGUAGGAGGAGCACAUAUUGUCGCCACAGUGCUCAGUAACCCUGCUCAUCUUGUUGAAUGGCAGGAAGAAGUAAAGCAUGUUGUGGAGAGAUGUAUGCUGAUCAGAGAAAUUUUGAGAGACAGGUUGAGGCUUUUGGGAACUCCAGGUUGCUGGGACCACCUGACUCAACAAGGUGGACUCUACUGUCAUACAGGCUUGAAUGGUGAGCAGGUUGAAUAUCUGUCAAAGAGGAGACACGUGUACCUGCACCCCAGUGGCUGUCUAAAUGUGAGUGCAAUCAACGCUCACAACUUGGACUACAUAGCCGAGUCCAUCCAUCUGGCUCUGACCACUUCACCAUGACCAUAUGGCUUUUGAUCAAGCACUGAAUCAGUGUCGAAGGAGCUGUUCAGUCUGACCGCAACUCAUUUAGAUCAAACCUUUCAUGUGUCACUUUGAAAUGUUCUCAAGAAUACUGUAAUUAUUAUAGCAGGCCCAGCUAUUGCAAACUGUUAUUAAAUUGCUGCUGACUUUUGACAGCGAUCAUUAGUAGUUGUAUUAGAGACCAAGCUGUAG